AUUUAGUAUAUUUGCCUGAUUUAUUUAUUUAGUAGAUCAUUAUUAAGGCUGCCUCAGUUCUCUACAUCGGCCACGCUGAAAAGCCAUUAAAAGUGGCUUUUUGCAGGACACCCAAAUGAUUUUUUUAAACUGUUCAGAUGGGCAACUUUUUUCAAAGUUCAGGGGCCAUUUCGGUUGCUUAAGUCAGGCCAAGCUGGUGAGUUUUCCAAGUUCCUGCGAGAGGCUGCAUUUCAGAAGGGAUCUCAAGAUUAUAUCCCCACCACCCAUCUUCACUCCCCCCUUCAACAUCUCCGUACCUGCAAAACCAGUGCCAAAUGUUGGACGGCAAGAUCGGCCAAAGACAGGUCGCUUAAUUCAGCAAGCCAAUCUGCAUCCCGUCAAGAUGAGGGGGAAAAAAAAAGCUCUCUUUGGCCCAAAUCUCAAAAGAGUUGCUGGCGAGCCCCUGCCUCUUUCUCCAAGUAGACCCCCCCCCCAUCCCUCCUGCCUUUUGCUAAUGGAAACUUUGCCCUUUUUUUUUUGUGGUUACUUUGUUUCUAGCGCUCUUUCGUCUUUGUGGUUUUGGAACUUUCCACCCGCUGCUGUCGGUUUCUCCCUUCUUUUUCCCCACCCCCAAAAUACAGCCGGGGCUUCCGAUUGGCCCCCGGGGAUGCCAGUCGCGAGGUGCGCAGCAUCACCUGGAGGCCCGCUCUGCCAAGGCUGCCUUUUCUUAAACGAGAAAGAAAAUUGAACCAAAUUGGACCCCCGUCAUCCGUCCAGCCACCGAAGCUUGAUCUUAGCAUCUGGCAUCCUGAAGCUGAACAGGUGCCGCCGAAUCAAAGAACCAGCCCCUCUGAUCCUUUCCCACAAACCAGCAGCAUCAUGCGAGCCCAGAUUGAAGUGAUCCCCUGCAAGAUCUGUGGAGACAAGUCUUCCGGGAUCCACUACGGGGUCAUCACUUGUGAAGGAUGCAAGGGCUUCUUCCGGCGUAGCCAACAAGGGAGCGUUACGUACUCUUGCACCCGGCAACAGAGCUGCCCGAUCAACCGCGCCAGCCGCAACCACUGCCAAUACUGUCGCCUGCAGAAAUGUCUCAGCCUUGGCAUGUCCCGUGACGCUGUCAAAUUUGGCCGGAUGUCCAAGAAGCAGCGGGACAGUCUCCACGCUGAAGUUCAGAAACAGCUGCAGCAGCAGCAGCAGCAACAAGGCGGAGAGAGUUCCUCCUACUCCUUGGGCGUGGCCAACGGGCAGCUCAAGCUGGACCCUUCCCCGGAUCUCCGAGAAGGCUCGAGCUGCUCCACCGCUCUCCUGACCGGGCACACCCGCCUGAGCCAGUCCCCGGAUGAGACUGCGGCCUUGGCCUACUCCAACAGACUCACCAAGGCUCAGAGCCUCCUGGGUGAGGACCGGCAGGACGCCUUCAAAAAGGGUUACAGUCCUGGGGUCAUCAAGGUAGAACCCAGGACGAGCAUCUAUUAUGCUUUGGAGGCGCAGGCGUCACCGGAGCUCCUGUCCCCCAAUGUUGGCAGAGCAGAACGGACAGCAAUCGGAGGGGCUGGCAUUGAGACCCUUGACUUCUAUACCACCCCGAGCUUCGCCAGCUUCCUGGAGCGCCCACAUGCUUCCCUGACAGAGAUUGAGCACCUGACACAGAAUGUCCUCAAGUCCUACCGGGAGACCUGUCAACUCCGCUUGGAAGACCUCCAGCUGCUGAGGUGGGAGACCUUCACCAGGGAAGAAAUUGGGAACUACCAGAGAAAGUCUAUGGAGGAAAUGUGGGAACGCUGUGCCUGCCGCAUCACGGAAGCCAUCCAAUAUGUGGUGGAGUUUGCCAAGCGGAUGGGCAGCUUCAUGGACCUCUGUCAGAACGAUCAGAUCGUGCUUCUCAAAGCAGGUGCCAUGGAGGUUGUUCUGGUGAGGAUGUGCCGGGCCUUCAAUUCCGAGAACCGGACCGUCUUCUUUGAGGGCAAAUACGCUGGCCCAGAAGUCUUCAAGUCUCUUGGGUGCAGCGAACUCGUCAACUCCAUCUUCGACUUCGCGCACAGUCUGUGUUCGCUUCACUUCUCCGAGAACGAAAUCGCCCUCUUCACGGCCCUGGUGCUAAUCAACGCAAAUCGCCCGUGGUUGCAAGAGAAAAGCAAGGUGGCACAUCUGCAAAACAAUCUGGAGGUGGCGUUCAAGCACAUGCUGCAGAAAAACCACCGGGAAGGCAUCUUAGCAAAGGUGGGUAUCUGCCAGGGCAGAAAAGAGUCUGCGUCCCACGGGGAUUACCAAGCACAGAGUGAAUCUUGCCCCAGACAUGGCACCUUCCAGGUGAGCCAGACAAUGCAGGAGUGUCUCGUUCUCGCCGACUCCAACUCCCAUCUCUUCCCUACUCUCUGUUUUUCAGUUGCCGCCCAAGGGGAAGCUCCGGAGCCUCUGCUCCCAGCACGUGGAGAAGCUUUGCUCCUUUCGCCAAGUGCACCCCGUGGUCGUCCAUGCCGUCUUUCCACCACUGUACAAGGAGCUCUUCAGUUCAGACUGUGACCCGCUCCAGGGGGGGCCAGGGGAGUAACCCCCUUCUCAUGAGCCGAGGAUGGACCAGAAAUCGCCUCCUGGUCACUCCGAGGUGGGGGCCAGAAGGGGUGGGAGACCCGGCCAGGCACAAAGGAAAGGAACCGGAUCGAGGGAAGCGCUGAAGAAGCGGGCAGUCGCCCACCCGUCUUCUGCCCUCCCGUCGGGGAUGUCCCGCGUCGUCCUGAAAGAAAAGCAGGCCAGGCCCCCCGUCUCCCCUCACUGGAACCGUUGGGUCAAGGAGGGAGCCCGGUUCAUGAAGCACUCCGGAUUACCUGGAGGGGUUAGCUGCCCCCGAGGCCCUAAGUGUCAAGGGAGGGCCCUGCGGACACUCCGCGCUACAGCAACCAGGACGAUUCCGCCGUGAUGUGGUUUCGUGGGAAGGUGGUGUCCGACUUUGCUGCCAACUUGGGCGACCCAGAAAUACCUCAUUGUGCUGUUCAGCGGCACGAGACAUGGCAAAGUUCUUUAGCUUUGUCGCGUGUGUGUUUUCCUUUCCCCGAAAACGAGUUUUUUUUGGGGAAAAAUAUAUGUAUAUAUACAUAGACAUGGACAGAUGUGGUUCUCUAAGAUAGAUCUUUAUUUUUCUGCUACGUCUGUAUUUGAUAACAACGGAAUCCCUGUCUGUUUUCCCCUUUCUUUCUCUCUGUGCUGUGGCAUCGCAAACGAGCCUCAGUUUCUGCACUUGGAGUGCAUGGUGUGUUGGUCAGGAUAAAUCUCAGCAUCUUACCUGCAUCAGAGUGGUGAUCUAGAAACCAAACCGGCUGGUUGGCUCCUUGGCGGUUUCCCCGAUGGGCUUGCAAAGCCCGUUUGGUUUCCUUUGGAGACGGUGGUGGUGGUGAUGACGUUCCCAGGAUAAUUUUAAAUGCAUCGGGCAGCAGACGCAUUUUCCAAGACCUUCUAUAGAGAAGAACUUUUAUGAUCAUUAUGAUCAACGCCUCCCUUCCGGUCACCUGUGCUUCAAAGAAGCUAACAUCUCCCCCUGUCCUGACAUAAAAUGGCAACAACAUCUGGGGUUUGUUUGUUUAUUUAUUCAUCAGAUUUAUAUUACCGCCCCUCUCCCCCAAUGGGGGACUCAAUCUCUCUAAUCUCAGCCAUGUCUGUUAAACGUCUGUGCCUCUUUGGAAGGUAUCUCUUGGAUGUUAACCUGGGAAAGGGAAAAAAAUGAACGUGUCAAGCGUCACGUUCAAACGGGCGCAAGGAACAGUCGUGCGGGGCACGUGUUAGUGGCCAAGGCCCGACUUUCCUGCUAAAAUUGUUGUGAACCGCCCAGAGUCCCUCCUUGGGUGGGGGAGAUGGGUGGUGAUAAAAUUUGAUAGAUUAGAUAGAUAGAUAGAUAGAUAGAUAGAUAGAUAGAUAGAUAGAUAGAUAGAUAGAUCCCUGUACAAGUGUGGGAAUAAAGGCCCCAUAGAAAUCUCUUCCCUGCCUGGAUUCUCCCGGGAAGCUAUGCCACAAUAAUGCGACAAUCCAGAACAAGCAGCAAGACAAUUGGUAUUCCUCUGAUAUUCAAAGCCCAACCUUUCCCCUUUGGCGUCCUUACCUGCAAAUGGUUUGGCUUGCAGG